AUGGAUGUUGCAUUUGCUAAAUGUAUCACUCUUCUUUUCCUUUUCGUAUUUCUCUCAGGAGGAACUGUCAGUUUUUGCUCCACAAUUAAGAAAUCUGACAGUCUACUCUGCAUUGAAAGUGAGAAACAAGCGCUUUUGAGUUUCAAGCAAGACCUUGUGGAUAUUUUCGACUCUCUCUCGUCUUGGAUUGCCGAAGCAGAGGACUGCUGCAGAUGGACUGGAAUUGUUUGCGACAACAUAACUGGCCAUAUUAACGAGCUUCAUCUCACAACUGGCAGCCUACGAGGCAAGAUAAAUCCUUCUUUGCUUAAUUUGACACAUUUGACUCACCUAGAACUGAACUCCUUUAAUGCAAAUGGGGCUCAAAUUCCAAAAUUUCUAAGUUCUCUUGUGCACUUAAGAUAUCUUGACCUCACGAAUGCAAAUUUUAGUGGAAUGAUUCCUCAACAACUUGGGAAUCUCUCAAAUUUGUACCACCUUAGUCUUGGAUAUUAUUUAUCAAGUCCAAAGGAGUUAUAUGCUAAUAAUCUUGAGUGGCUUUGUGGUCUUUCUUCACUAGAAUUUCUAGAUUUGUCGUUUGUGAAUCUGAGUAAAGCAUCUGACCAUUGGUUGCUAGCAAUUAACAAGCUCCCUUCUUUGUUAGAGUUACAUUUAUCCCACAGUGAACUUAGCCAUAUCCAUCGUCUACCAGCUCGUGUUAAUUUUACAUCCCUUGAAGUUCUUGAUAUUUCAGGAAACAAUUUCAAUUCUGUCCUACCUGAUUGGAUUUUCAGUCUAAGCAAUCUUAUCCGUCUUGAUCUAUACGAUAGCAACUUUAUAGGCCCAUUUCCCAAUGGUUCUUGGAUCUUGAACUCUCUCACACAUCUUGCUGCUGGACAUAAUUAUCUCAGUAAUUCUACCAUUCCCAGCUACCUUUAUGGCUUUCCCAGUCUCGAAUACCUCGACCUCUCUAACAAUAACUUGCAAGGUGUUUUAUCAAGUGCCAUUGGAAACCUGACGUCUAUCAGUAGUCUUCACUUGUCAAAUAACUCUUUGAAAGGGGAACUUCCUGUAGUGACCAAGAAAAAAAUCCCAUAA